UUCCAGGAAACAAAUCUGAUUAACCAAUCGAUUUACUUCCUCACUGCUGUUUGGCGUUCUCACAGUGAACAUCUUUCCACCGUAGAAAAAGACACCAAUGGAGAUGCUUUGUGGGUUUGGUGUUAUCCGUCCGUAACAGCUGAACUGAGGAAUCUAUUGCUGAGAAAAUGCUGCCUUACAGAUGAGAAUAAAUUGCUUCAUGCCUUUGUGUUUGGCCAGUAUAAGAGAUCAUGGUUCUACAUCGCAACUGUGGAAGUUCAAGAUUCUCCAGCCUUGAAAAAGGUGACCCACUUCUCUAUUGUUCUGACGGCCAAAGACUUCAACCCUGAGAAAUAUGCAGCCUUUACUAGGAUACUGUGUAGAAUCUACAUGAAGCAUGGGACCCCAGUUAAAAUGAUGGAGAGUUACAUUGCAGUUCUUACAAAGGGGAUCUGCCAAAGUGAAGAAAAUGGAUCUUUCCUCAGCAAAGAUUUUGAUGCUCGGAAGGCUUACCUUGCUGGUUCCAUCAAAGAUAUAGUAUCUCAGUUUGGAAUGGAAACAGUUAUCCUUUAUACAGCACUGAUGUUAAAGAAAAGAAUUGUAGUAUACCAUCCUAGAAUAGAAGCUAUCCAGGAGUUUACCAGGACUCUGCCUGCUUUAGUGUGGCAUCGACAAGACUGGUCAAUUCUUCAUUCAUAUGUACAUCUAAAUGAGGAUGAAAUAGAAGCCUUAAAAGCCUGCACAGGUUACAUUGCUGGAUUUACAGAUUCUGAAGUGAGCAGUAGACAAGACCUCUAUGAUGUGUAUGUGAAUUUGGCAGACAGCGAGAUCACUAUUUCCCCUGGAGUGAAAGAGGCAAUGACAAUGGGGAAACUUCACAAAGAAAUAGGACAACUAAUUGUUCAAUCUGCAGAAGACCCAGAUAAAUCGGAAAGCCAAGUCAUUAAGGAUAUUUCACUGAAGACUAAAGAAAUCUUGACUACUUUAGCAUCACUCACAGAAGUUUCUGAUGGCAAUGAAAAACCAACCCUUAACUCUGAGGCCCUGAAACAAAAACGAUUUCCUCCAGCUACAGAAAACUUCCUUGUUCAUUUAGCAGCUGCUGAACAAAUGCUUAAAAUCUGAUUUUGAUGCACUUCACUGUUACGGACCAAUAUGAAAAUACUCUCUUUGCCGUAUGAGUCGGAAUAUCUAAAUUUUAUAUGGAAAAAUUAAAGGUAUAGGAGUGAAUGUCAUAUUUAACAUGAUUUAAUGCAGAAUAUCAGAGCUUGACCUGGAACAUAUGGAGGCAUAUUUGGGAGCAUUCCUGGUGUCUUUGUCUUUCUCUGGCUAUAACUUUGUAUAUAUGGCUCCCGUAUUUCAUAUUGUAGCGUGGAUGUAUACACAUGCAGCAUGGUUCUGUGUGUCUUGGCUGUGCCAGACAUUGUAGUGGCCAUUUGUCCUGCAGGUUCCAGAUGUUGGAUAGCUCUCUUACUGCUCUGACUUAUCUUCCUGAUAUCUGGAACGUCGGCUGUAGCAUGUGUGCUGUAAAAUCAAUGCAUUUUGGACAUGCUCGUCUCUGUGCAGGGAUAUACCGAUCAUAUAGUUGGUGUGGCUCAUUCCGGGCUUCCAGGUAUGCCAGCCUGUAAAAUACAGCUCUUGCUCUAAGCUGCCUCUUGUCUGGAAAUCCCAAACAAAUGGACAAGUUCUCUUCUUUCUACUUGAAAGUACUUAGCUGUUUUAAAAAAAAAAAAAAAAAA